GGAUUAAUGUGCUCAGAAAAUGAACAUGGGGAAGGAAAGAGCAUGUCAUCUUUAUUUCCCACACCUAAUUGUCCAUUACCAUUGGAACCGAAGGCAUAUAAAUUCGCUUUCGACAUUAUCGUUUCACAGAACAUCUUGAUUGAGUUGAUCAAAAUUGAUUUCACUCGACCAAUCAACAAAAAAAACUUUUUUUUAAAUGUUUACACGAAUUUUUUUCGAUCCCCUUUUGUUCGCAACAUGAACUCGAAUUCGCAAAAUUCCAUUCCUGAAGAGCUUUAUAGCUUGGUGCAUGGCUUUUUAGCUGAUGCUGGAUUAAAAAGUACCUUACGAAUGUUUGAGAAGGAAUCAGCUGCGAAGGUUAAAACAACACAAGAUAAACUAUUUGAUAUUUAUAAACUCUACGAGUCUCAAAAGAAUUCCGAAAAAUCAUCCAGCUCAAAAACAGAGUCAGAGAGCAGCAGCAAUGAGGACAGUUCUUCUGACAAUGAAUCUUCUAACAAGGAAGCAUCUAUUGCAAAAAACGACGCUGUUAAUGUAAAAGGUUCAAGUGAGAAAAAAGAGGAAGAAAAAAAAAAUGACACAAUAAAAGUCAAAUCCCCGAAUAAUGAGAAUUUUAAUCAUGAAGAAAGUGAUGAUAGUUCUAGUGAAGACGAAGACACAAUGAAAACUGAUCAACUGUCAGUUUCUAAAAAUCAAACAAAAGAUACUAUGAAAAUCGAUCAACCAUCAAGCGAGCAAAAAUCUCCAUCGAUGAAUAACGGCACGAGUGAACUAAUGAAUUCUGAAGUGUCAUCAUCGUCAUCAGAUGAAGAGGAAAUUAAUGAAUCUUUAGCUAAUAAAAAGAUAGAAUCUAAUAUUGGAGUAAAG